AGUCAUAUGUGUAGCCGGGAGAGAGAGAGGCGUGUUUACGCCUAUGGUUUACACUCACUACUGCUGCAGCAACAUUAGAUGUGUUGAACUCACAAUGCUCACAUCUACAGCAGUGUUCAGCUGAAACAACUCGCACUUUUGUCGCUCUUUAGACAUUUAAAAUGAAUACGCUUAUUGCCACAACGUUGGUGUUUGUUGGUUGCUGCAGUAAUGUUGUGUUUCUGGAACUUUUAGUGAGGGAUUUCCCUGGAUGUGGAAAUAUUGUGACAUUUGCUCAGUUUGCGUUCAUUGCAUUGGAGGGCUUCAUCUUUGAGACAAACUUUGGACGCAAAAAACCAGAAAUUCCGUUGAGUAACUAUGGGGUCAUGGUUUCCAUGUUCUUCACUGUGAGCGUGAUCAACAACUACGCUCUCAACUUUAAUAUUGCCAUGCCCCUGCACAUGAUCUUCAGAUCUGGAUCUUUAAUAGCCAACAUGAUUCUCGGCAUCAUCAUCCUAAAGAAGCGGUAUUCGACGAGUAAAUAUCUGUCCAUCGUGUUGGUGUCUGUGGGCAUUUUCAUCUGCACCGUCAUGUCUGCUAAACAAGUGAACGUCGAGCAGGGAGCCUCAGAAGAAGAAGGAGUUUAUGCUUUCCUGCAUUGGCUUCUGGGUAUCGCCAUGUUGACGUUUGCCCUGCUGAUGUCUGCCAGAAUGGGCAUUUUCCAAGAAACUCUCUACAAAAAACACGGCAAACACUCCAAAGAAGCUCUGUUUUACAAUCAUUGUCUGCCGUUGCCAGGCUUCCUCCUGCUGUCAGGUGACAUCUACAGACACGCUGUGCUCUUCAGCCAGAGCUCUCCUGUGGAAAUCCCUGUGAUUGGUCACUCAAUGCCGGUCAUGUGGUUUUAUCUUCUGAUGAACGUCAUCACACAAUACGUGUGUAUCCGCGGCGUGUUCAUUCUGACCACCGAGUGUGCGUCGCUCACGGUUACGCUGGUGGUGACGCUGCGUAAGUUCCUGAGUCUCGUCAUAUCCAUCCUGUACUUCCAGAAUCCCUUCACAGCGUGGCACUGGACGGGCACGGCCGUGGUGUUUCUGGGGACGCUGAUCUACACUGAGGUGUUAUCCAGCGUUUACACGGCAGUCAGAGGAAAGACAACCGUCAGGAAGACGGAAUAAUUCACACAUUCUGUACAGGAAGUGAUUGUGAACGACAGGACAGAAGUGUCAUGCAUCUUCAGCUCUGUGAGGGUGUGUUGGGAUGUUUGUUUGUUGCUCUUAAGGGUAGUUCUGGGCAACAUUUAUGAGAUGUUUUGAGCCAGGUGUGUGUGUGUGUGUGUGUGUACUGCCGUGUGUGUUUUCCAUGUAAGCAACAGAUCACAAUCCAUUGUCUGUUUCAGUACAGAGAUUGUGUUGUUUUGUUAACAGAAGUUUUUUGUUCAUGGCACUGUCUUCGAGUGUUCUCCCAGAUCUACUUCAUUGUUUUUAAAAACUCGGCGCACACCAGUAAAAUUUAGCAAUUCAAUUCAGCACUUGUUGCAGAUGUUCAGGGUUUCUUAACACGAAUGUGAACAUUCUCUAAACAUUAGAGUAUUUAUUUCAUUUUUUAAACCCAGACAGAUUCAUUGUUAGGUGUUGACAGGCGACUCAUACUCGUGUCUUCUAAAUAAAACAAGACUUCAAACAAAAACCCA